AUGUCGCUGACGAAGCGACAAAAUGGACGCGAGUUCCAGACUUAUCCUCGAACAGUCGCUGGUACCGGGGACCAGAGUUGCUCUACCAAGAUGAUUCCGAUUGGCCAGAAUUUCCAAAACUCGAACCUACAAACACGGAGCUCCGCCCUCACCUACUUGCUCACGCAGUUACUAUGUGCUAUCCUGGACGAGAACGGGGUGGCUCAUGUUCAGGGACGUACAAAGGCGUGUGCAUUCAUCGAUCGUGAUUCGGCCGAACCCAUUAUUCUUCCACGCAAUCAUCAUGUCACGAAAUUAAUAAUCAUCGACACCCACGAGCGCUUCAAUCAUCAAAAUCAUUCUACAAUACUCAACGAAAUUUUACAACGUUAUCGUAUUCCGCGUCUCAAAGCAACCUAUCAAUCCGUACGAAGAAACUGUCAGCAUUGUAAAAAUUAUCAAGCUAAACCACGUCCGCCUAUCAUGGCUGAUCUUCCACAAUCACGUCUGGCUGCGUUUAGUCGCCCGUUUACCUACAUGGGGGUGGAUUAUUUCGGUCCAAUAAUGGUUCUCGUUGGACGACACUCAGAGAAACGCUGGGGAGUCUUAGCCACCUGUUUGACCACUCGCGCCAUUCACUUGCAAAUCGCUCACACACUGACCACCGACUCUUGUGUUAUGGCAAUUCGAAACGUCAUGGCUCGUAGAGGAGUCCGAGCCGUCAUCUAUAGCGAUCGAGGAACAAAUUUCCAAGCUACGUGUAAUGUUCUCAAAGUAGCAAUCCAGCAGCUCGAUCACGACAAACUUGCAACUGAAUUCAUCUCGAGCCGCACGCGAUGGUACUUUAAUCCACCAGUAUCACCACACAUGGGAGGAGCCUGGGAACGACUGAUUCGUAGUGUAAAACUUAACCUGGCUAAACUGCAACCCAACAGACUACCCACAGAUAAAGUGUUACAGAACGCGCUGAUUGAAGUCGAAAACGUGGUGAACUCACGACCACUCACCGAUAUCCCUUUAGAAGACGAUGAAUCGCCCGUGCUCACACCCAAUCAUUUCCUGUUAGGAUCGGCAAAUGGCUUGCGAUCUUGGGUACCCUUCAACGACAGCCCGUCAUAUCGUAGAAACUGUUGGACACAAUCCCAAAUGCUCGCAAACACAUUUUGGAAGCAGUGGUUGAGAGAUUAUCUGCCCACUAUCACAAGAAGAACCAAGUGGUUUACCCCGAUGAAACCUAUCUCGAUCGGUGACAUUGUAGUAAUCGUCGACCCAAAACUGGAUCGGAAUUGCUGGCCGAAAGGUCGAGUAAUCGCCACGCAACAAGCUCCCGAUGAACAAGUACGACGUGCUACUGUACAGACAGCAUGCGGUGGAAUCUACGAACGACCCGCGGUAUUACUGGCUGUGCUCGACUUAGGCGUUAACGUGAAUACGCUUCCGGAUAAUCCUCUGCGUAUUGCGGGCGGGAGUGUUGACAACGCCACAUCGAAAAGCAGUGCUUCGGUGCCCCCAUAUGAUGCUGCAACACAGGACGAAGCGGACGAAGGGAUAGUCUUCGACAAAAGCGUCACACGGUUAAACUCGGAAGAAAAACCGCCAUUGCGAUACUCUAAAAACGACGCUAAGUAUCAGUGA